AUGCACAACUUCAUCCUCGCCGCAGGCUUCGCAGCCCUAGUUUCGGCUCAGUCACAGGUCGUCGAGGCACCACCCCCUCCGCCUGUCCUCCUGUCAACAACAAAGUCUGGUGUCCUUCCCAUCAUCCCCUCGGCAACUGGCACCCCCUUUGCAGGCGUCGACACCCUCCAGGGCGCCAUCAUCUCGCCUCUCCCCCCCAACCCCAGCUACACUGGUGUCCUCGGUCCCGCACCCUCGCAGACCAACCAGCCGGCUGCCACCUAUGUUGCCACCCUCCCCGACUCCAUGUUCAACCCCCUAGUCGGCGACGCAGUCCAAGGCACCAUCUCCGCCGUUGGCUCAUCCUCGGGCGUCGAAUUCAUCGUCAACAUCACCAACCUGCCCGACCAAGCCGCCUACGGGCCCUUCAACUGGCACAUCCAUACGCUCCCUGUGCCUGCCGACGGCAACUGCACCGCGACAACGGGCCACCUAGACCCUCAGAAUAUUGGCGAGCUGUACAUGUGCAACCCGGCCGCGCCCGCUACGUGUCAAGUCGGCGACCUGGCAGGCAAGCACGGCGGCAAGAUCUCGACGCCCGGCAGCUUCAGCACCAGCUUCGUCGACCACUUCCUCAGCACCGAGCAGGGCAGCCCGGCCUUCUUUGGCGGCCUGGCCUUUGUCCUGCAUACGCGCAACACCUCCAGGAUCACCUGCGCCAACUUUCAGAUGCACGGUGGCGCUGGGAACGCCACAGCCGGUAAUGGCACCAUUGGUGGCAAUGCGACGGCGACGAGCUCGGGUGGCUUGCCCGAGUACACGGGCGCGGCGGGUCGCUUGACGGUCGGUGCGGCGGCUGUUGUUGCUGGGUUUGCUGUUGCUUUGCUGUAG